AUGCCACCUAGGAAGUUAUCCGGAGACACGGCGCCUGCAGAAGGGACUCGCCGAAGUUCCCGUAUUGCUUCGAACCCCACACCUGUUGCCGCAGCGGCUGCAUCCAAAGCCAGGAAGCCCUCCACGAAAGGGAAAUCUGAGGGUACUGCCACUAAAAAGAAGCGAACCGCCAAGGAGGAAGAUGAGGAAGCAUCAGCGAAAAAAAAGGCUAAGACGGACGCUGAGGAUGAGGACCAGAUUGAAGACGAUGGGUCUGGGGAAGGAGAGACCGCUGACGGCAAGGAGCUCCAGGUGGGAGAUAUCUUGCCAGAUAUCACACUCAAAAACGAGAAGGGAGAUGACAUCAAGGUCAAUGACCUCACGAGCGCUGAACAAGGGGUAGUUUUCUUCCUCGUCCCAAAAGCUGAUACGCCUGGUUGCACAACGCAAGCAUGUCUCUUCAGGGACUCCUACUCGGAGUUUAAUCAAGUCUCGUACGCUGUCUACUGCGUUAGUGCCGACACGCCUCAAGCCCAACAAAAAUGGCAAACUAAGAAAGAACUCCCUUAUCCCCUCCUCUCGGACCCUAAGCGCACCUUCAUUCGAGCCCUUGGAUCAUUGAAGCCACCCAAAUCCACUGCGCGCUCCCACUUUAUAUUCGAGAAAGGAAGUGGCAAGCUUAUCGAUAAAAAGAGCAGUGUUAAACCUGCUGAGAGUGCAAAACUGGCGCUCGAGUUUAUUAAGAAACAUCAUGGGACGGUGGCAGGGGACGUAAUGUCCACAGAGCCAAAGGACGCAGAGGAAGAGCAAGCGGCAGAAACUCAAGAGCGGGAAGAGAAAGAAGAAAGGGCAGAGUCCACCACCGAAGAAAAAAGCCCCGUGGAGAACGGGAAGAAUCCCGAAGACAAUGACGAUACUAUCAUGGCAGAUUCUUGA